ACUAACACCCACACCCACUCCCACACCCACUCCCACACCCACAUCCACACCCACACUCACACUAACACCCACACCCACUCCCACACCCACACCCACUCCCACACCAACACUCACACUCACACCCACACCCACUCCCACACCAACACCAACACCCACUCCCACACCCACACUCACACCCACACCCACUCCCACACCAACACCAACACCCACACCCACUCCCACACCAACACUCACACCCACAACCACUCCCACACACACACCCACACUCACUCUCACACCCACACCCAUUCCCACACCAACACUCACACCCACACCCACUCCCACACCCACACACACACCCACACCCACACUCACUCUCACACCCACUCCCACACCCACACCCACUCCCACACCAGCACUCACACCCACACCCACUCCCACACC